CCGGGAUGCAAGCAUUCUACUGCAAUAAAUCGCUCAGGGAAACACACAAACAUUUAUAACAAGAAAUCUUUUUAGUAUGUGAUAAUCAGUCCUUGUAUGAGAAAGCUUCCAUUUCCUAUAUCAGGGGAGCAAGCAAUUUGUACAUACCAGUAAUCACCACCGCAUUGUCAUCCAUCUGAUACAAUAACAAUACAUCGAGAGGAAAAUGACAGCUGAAAGCCUUUGUCAAGCUUCAAAUGGCAUUGAACAGUACCCAAACAUUCGUCCAUUAGCAGAUUCAAUGAGAAAGGUGUUGGAUAACUUGUUUCCAUUAUCUCAUUCCUGUUGCAUCUGUAGGGUUCCUAAGCGGAUAAGUCAUGCAAGUGAAAAGGCCUAUACACCUCAGGUAGUCUCUAUUGGUCCACUUCACCAUGGGAAAGAAGGCUUAAAAGCAAUGGAAGAGCUCAAACAUAGGUAUCUGAAAGAAUUUCUGCAUCGUCAUCAAACUGUCACAAGCUUGGAAGAUUGUAUUAUGAAAGUGAAGGUAGAAGAACAAUUGCUGCGUAGUUGUUAUGCGGAGACCAUUGAGUAUGAUAGUGAUGAGUUUGUAAGAAUUAUCCUAGUGGAUGCUAUAUUCAUCAUUGAGGUCUUAUUGAGGUACAAUUAUGAGAAUCUGCAGACUGAAAAUGACCACAUAUUCAGAAAACCAAGGAUGUUGGGGGAUGUAUGGCCUGACUUGCGGAUGCUUGAAAAUCAGCUGCCAUUUUUCAUACUUGAAAAACUUUUCAAUGUUGUUGCUACAGAGGAGUAUUCGAUCAUCAAUAUCUCACACAAUUUCUUCAAGACUCUAAUGCAUAUAGAGGAAAUGGAAGACACUUUGCUGAGAAUAAGAUCUUCUCCGGUGGAACAUUUGGUUGAUUUCGUUUGGAAGUUAUACCCGCUGCCACCAUCACGACCGGCAACCUCGCAUAGGCCAUUGAUACCAGUGGAAGGACUAGAAAGCUCGCAUAGAGGGAAAAAUGAAACUCUAGCUACACUCGACAUGAAAGAGCUAUAUUUCGCAGGAGUCAAGUUUAAGGUGGGAUCUAGCAAAAAUAUUUUUGACAUUGGAUUCAAAGAUGGGACCUUGGAAAUCCCAAAGAUAACCAUAAGUGAUCAAUCAGAAGUUAACCUCACAAAUCUUCUGGUAUUUGAACAAAGCCAAUGCAAGAAGACAGAUAAUUACAUAAAUGAUUAUGUUGGCUUCUUAAACAUUCUUGUCAACACUCCAAAGGAUGUGGCUUUGCUAGUUGAGUAUGACAUUUUUGAGAAUAAGCUUGGGGACUUUAAAAAAGGGUGUACAAUGAUUAAGAACCUUGGUGAUAGGGUUAAUAUUGUGGCCUCCAAAUUCUAUUAUGCAGAUCUUUGUGAAGAGUUGAAUAAGCACUGCAGUAGGUCAUGGCACAUAUGGAAGGCAAAUUUGAAGCAUGAUUAUUUGAACACACCUUGGUCGACCCUUUCUGUCAUUGCAGCUGUAGUUCUCCUCAUACUCACUCUCAUACAGACAGUGUGCUCCAUUAUUGGUGUUCGUCAAACUCAUCAGUAAGUUGGUUUCUUCCUACCCUUUAACAUUUCACAUCAUCUCCAUGCCACCAUACAUGCUUUGUACUAGCGUAAAGGUAUGAGAUCUAGUCCCUGAGGGAGUUCUACAGUUGGUUCACCAACUGAAAUGUAGUGUUUAUCAGGAGACUACCAAUGUAAGUUGUGUAACAGAAAGAUUAUUAGGAAUACUUUUCCACCCUAUUA